CUAAAACCCUCUUCUCCCCUCCCAAAACCACAAUUUUUUCAUUCUACUUCAAUUAACGCCACUGGCAAAAAUAUUAUCCCCAAAUUUGGUGAAAAUUCACAACAAAGAAAAUGAAUAUCGUGAAAUCGAAUUCUCUGAACAAGCUUAGUAUCGUGAGAAGGCUUCUUUCUCAGUCGCCGAUUAGCUCCGCCUGCUUGCAACGUCAGCUUUCUGCCCCGUUCUCCACCUCCGGUCGCCACAUCCGCUAUCCUCACGAUCCUAGCACCCGUUAUGAGAUUACACCACCUCUGAAUUGGGGGAUCCGAAUAGUGCCUGAGAAGAAGGCAUUUAUAAUCGAGAGAUUUGGGAAGUAUGUGAAGACGUUAACACCUGGAAUCCAUCUUUUAGUUCCAUUGGUCGAUAGAAUUGCUUACGUGCAUUCACUGAAAGAAGAAGCUAUUCCUAUUCCUGAUCAAUCUGCUAUUACCAAGGACAAUGUCAGCAUUCAGAUUGAUGGUGUCCUCUAUGUGAAGAUUAUGGACCCAAAGUUGGCUUCAUAUGGAGUUGAGGAUCCGUUGUAUGCUGUUAUUCAGCUUGCUCAGACAACUAUGCGAAGUGAACUUGGAAAAAUCACUCUUGACAAGACUUUUGAGGAAAGGGACACUCUCAACGAGAAGAUAGUGAUUUCCAUCAACGAAGCUGCAAAAGACUGGGGCUUGAAAUGUCUUCGUUAUGAAAUAAGGGAUAUAUCUCCUCCAAGAGGAGUGAGGGCAGCAAUGGAAAUGCAAGCUGAAGCAGAACGCAAAAAGAGAGCUCAAGUCCUGGAAUCUGAAGGAGAAAGGCAGGCAAACAUCAAUAUUGCAGAUGGAAGGAAGAGUUCGGUGAUCCUUCAGUCAGAAGCUGCAAAAUUGGACCAAGUUAAUCGUGCUCAAGGAGAAGCAGAAGCAAUUCUUGCUAAAGCUCAAGCUACUGCAAAAGGAAUUACCUUGGUGUCACAAACCCUUAAAGAAAACGGGGGUGUGGAGGCAGCUAGUUUAAGAAUUGCUGAGCAAUAUCUUCAGGCUUUCAGUAUGAUUGCAAAGAAGGGCACAACUAUGUUGCUUCCUGCAAGUGCUUCCAAUCCUGCAAAUAUGAUGGCUCAAGCUCUCAGUAUAUACAAGAACUUAAUUGGCAACGGUUCUGGCAAUGGGAUUCCCGAUAUUCCUGGGGCUGAAUCAAUUGACAACACAAAGAACGACACUCCAUCUCGGGAAUCUGGUGACGACGAGAAGCAGACGGGCGUUGAAUCUGUUUUCUCACUGCAAAGCCCGAAGAAGGAUAAUUAGGUAAUUGCUACAUCUAGACAAGAUAUUCCUCCAAAGGAUAUAGAAUUUUUUUACUGCAGAGAUAGAAAUUCAAGUCAUGCUAGCCUAUUCUAUCUUGCGUUGAGUUCUGAAUGCAUUCUUAUUUUGGAAAGGUACAUUUACUUUUUGAAGUGGCACGUUCAAAUUUAGAAAAUUUUAAGAACGUCGUAACUAAUGGCAAAUGUGACAUUCUUUAUCUUGCUGGUUACGUGAAGCAACGUAGAUAAUGAUAGCUGCGAGUGUCCGUUCUUCUUAAGGUAACGGGAAUUAACGUUG